AUGUCGGCACCCUUGACAGCUCUACACAGGUGCUGCCAGAGGUCAGCGCUCCUCCUUGUUGCCAGGCGACCGUGGAGCUCCAGCUCGGCGAGCCCACCUCCUCUACACACCAGGCUUCUGCUGUACCUCGCCCAGCGUUACUACGACGUAGAAAUGCUCAUGAAGUGGAGUUCAAAUCUGAAAAGGAGAGGGCUUCAGAAGAAGAACGCUUACUAUGGCUACACUCAGAAGUUUUAUGGGGGAGACAUAGCAGCAGCGUAUUUUAUCCUGAGUCUGAAGGGAAGAAUUAGGAAUCUUUUUUUCGUUACCGCACCAAACCCAGUUUAGGCUAAUCACACAGAAAGUCAAACACAGAAGAUAUUUAGAAUUUUACAUCUACGAGUCUUGGUGCUCUCCCCAUAAAUGAGUCUUUUAUAAACCCAAAUUAAAUUGGACACUGAAAACAUCUCACCAGAUACAAACAUGGGGAAAAGACAAAAUAAACUAGAGCAAGUGUUGAAGGAGAAAUGUACUACCUCAAGUUUGCUGGAUUAUUUGGUAUCGUCUUUCAAGGUAUACAAUAUUAGUCUGCUUGGUCAAGUAUGUCAAUUUCUCAUCAACUUGUUGUCAAGAAUGUGAGUAUUCAUGAUAUCAAAUGAACUAUUUAAAAUGCAAAAUCAUGUUUCUGUCUCAAGAAAA